AUACCCGCGCGCACUUGCCUCUUUCCUACUCCACUUCAUUUCCUUGCUUCUUUCAUUGAAUAAAUUCUCUCUCACCCUCUCCCCUCUCCCUCACACGCAGAGAGAGUGAAGAACACUGAACUCGCAGCAAGACGUUAUUCUUUUUCUCGUUUCCCACUAAAAGCUUCACACCCUUUUCGCCGUUUCAGGCUAGCCAACUUCUUCGUGAAAUCCAGGAGUUGCUGCUCCACAAAGCUAGCUCUAGCUUUACCUUCCCUCUUUCGUUACUGUAUUUAUAAGUACACCUUCCAACUCUCAAGAUCCAAUUAAUCUUAGUACAUAUUAAGUGGCUUCCUUCACUCUUCUUCAGUUUUUUUCUUCAUCUUUCACUUCAUUCAUCAGCCAGACAAAGCUGGCUAGCUAGACCAACUUGAGCUGGUCAAUACAUGGUUUUGCCUCUACGUCUUCACCCACUUCUUGAUCACAAAACCCAGCCCUUUCUACCACUCUUUCAUCUUCUAUCCCCCACUAAAUCAUAACCCAUGCUGAUCUACAACCCCAACACCAUGUCCGUACAAUCAAAAGUCAAAUUUACUGAACACGUAUUCGCCACUAAAAAGCUCAUCAAGAACCAGCAGCAGCAGCAUCCUUCUUCAAGGAUCCGCGGCCAAAGACUUGUUAGAAUCAUCCAUACCGACCCUGAUGCCACUGAUUCCUCCAGCGACGAAGGAGAAGAACAAGAACAGGAGAGGAGGUUUGUCAGGAGAGUGAAGAGACAAGUGAGUGAAAUAAGAUUGCUAGAGCAGGAGACAACAGCACCAGCAGCUCCUUCUUCAAGAACUUCAAAUGAUGAUCAUCGAGACCCAACAAGAAAGAGACCUUCUUCAAGACUACCGGUAUCCGACGUCACUCGCCGGAAAAACUUCAGGGGUGUCCGUCAGAGACCCUGGGGAAAGUGGGCUGCCGAGAUCCGUGACCCGACCCGACGGAAACGGGUCUGGCUUGGCACCUUCAACACUGCAGAGGAAGCUGCUACUGUCUAUGACAGAGCUGCAGUAAAACUAAAAGGUCCUGACGCCGUCACCAACUUUCCUACUAAAUCCGUUUUGACGGUGAGAGCUAACGUCGACGGUCCAAGUGACUUCCAGUGCGAGUCAUGUGACUCACCGUCUAGCAGUGGUGUUAACGUCAUGCCAUCACCCACGUCAGUCCUCCGUUACGAGGAGUUGACCCCGUUUGACCCUGUUUUGACCGAGAAGGCUAAGGUUAUCGACGAUCACCGCGAGUCAUGCGAGUCACCGUUAAGGUUAUCGAUGACUUCACCAACGUCUGUUCUUCGAUACGAGGAGUUAACGCCGUUUGAUAGUUUGGCUUACGGUGACGUUGACGCUUUUGGGUUUAAAAUUGACGUGCCGUUCGGCCUGCCGGAUUUAAUGUUUCCGGGGAAAUUCGUUGACGAGGAAGAAUUCGUUGACCUCGACGAUUUCUUGGUGGAGGCCAUUUGCUAAGAAAAUAUCUUCAAACGUGUGGUAAAAUAAUCAAUUUUGUGGAGGUUUAGGGAGUGUAUUGUAAAUUGACACUACCCAAACACGACGUGGCAUGUUACGAUUCGCGUUUGAAGGCGCUAAGAGAAUAGAAUGGCGCCUAAUAUAGAGUCGGAAUACCUAAAGUGCUCCUCUGUUUGAUGUUAGGUGUCUGGUUUGAUUAGUCAAACCACGGAGUGUAAUUGUAAAGUGGAGUAUUAAUUAGUCUGUAUUUAGCAAAUUAUAUGGAGAUUUUGUCACUCGUUGGUUUUAGUAAGGAUUUUUGUGUACUCAAGAUUAAUAUAAUAUUAUUCUUAAUUUCUAUGUAGCACAAAA